AUGCACGUCAGGUCCCAAGUAAGACUCCCAACCCAAGAAUAUCAUGGUCAAUACGAAUCUGGGCAGCUCGCGAUGCACUUGGAAGGGACAGUGAUAUCAGAGGUUGACAAGCCAUCGGACGAACUGAAGACUAUGCUGCUUCUUAAUAGUCAAAAGUUGCGUUCCCAUCCGGCUAAUCAUACAAUCCAUGCCCUUGAAUACAUCACUUUUGACAAAUUUGUCUUCGUGGUGAUGCCUAGAUGGGAUAGUGCUAUCCGUCCGGAAUUCGCCAAUGUGUCUGAGCUCAUGCACUUUGCCAAAACAGUUCUCGAGACUUUUGAUUUUUUACACCGCAAUAAAAUUGUGCACUUAGAUUGUCUCCCUCAAAACAUUGGCAUGAAUGCGGUUAUGGCAUCUUCGGAAACGAGUCGAAGAACAGGACUAAGGGAUCCAAAGGAAGUUCGAUAUGCCCUAUUCGAUUUUGGCGGCUCUGUAUCCUUUCCUGAGGAUACUGUCAUUGAACAAGCGCGGAUGUCACGGCGAGACCUUAACUUUGACCUACAUGGUGUUCCGUCCGAAAGUGUCUCAUACCCAUACAAUCCAUUUCGAAUGGACAUCGCUUUCAUGGGCACAUGUCUUCAAACAUACCAUCUUGAAAACAAGAUUCCCGAGCUUGAACCUUUCUUUGACUCAUUGGUUAACGUGAAUCACCCCAACCAACUUUCGGCUAGCCAAGCCCUGGCUCGCUUUGCAAAGAUAUUCGAUGAUCUUGCUCCUCAAGUGGCUUGCGCUCCUCUUGACGCCUUCAUCUGGGAAGACGGUAUGUCAUCAGACGCCAAACUUAUGCUCAAAAUUAACUGGCAUUUCUCGUCCAGGAGUAGUUCAGAAAAGAUCUGCUAUCGCAUCUAUACUAUCACAAUUCUUCGUGAACUUGAAACCUCGCACAUGCCGACGUGA